AUGGCAGGCAAUGGUGAACGAAAUAGAUCCUUAAAGGAAGCCUUAUUUGAGAGCUUAACAGCAAUUCUUUCUCCUCAACAUGAUGUUAGGGUGAAUGGAGAGGAACAGAUCAAAGCUCUUGAGGUAACAGAAGAGUUUGGAGUGUAUCUGGCUGAGUUGACAGUGGAUCCAAAUGAGGCUUUAGCCAUCCGCCAACUAGCUUCAGUUCUGUUAAAGCAAUAUGUGGAGGCACAUUGGUCAAAUCAGUCUAGUAAAUUCCGUGCCCCUGAAACCUCUGAGAAAGCAAAAUGUGCAAUCCGAGAUAUCCUUCCAGCUGGUCUGAAAGAAUCUAUCAGCAAAGUAAGAACUAGUGUUGCAUAUGCUGUAUCAGCAAUUGCCCACUGGGACUGGCCCGAAACAUGGCCAGAAUUAUUUAGUCUUCUCAUGGAUGCUUUAACAUGUGGUGACCCUAAUGCUUUACAUGGCGCUAUGAGAGUUCUUACUGGUAAGUAA